AUGAGUACAGAAAUUGAUAUAAAUAAGCUUAAAGCAGAGAUAAAAAAUGACAAAUAAAGAAGAUUAAUUCUCUUUGGGAUAUUUGCUACAGGAUUGAUUGGUCUUUAUGUUCUUAUACAUUUCUCUCCACAUUUAACAUAGUAAACACAUUCAUUUAUAAAUAGGGAAGAGAGAAAGAUUGUCUAUAGAAUCCCCAAAUACCCUCAUCAUAUUGCAGAAUUGUUAAAUGUAAUAAACAGAUACACAGAAAAUAAUUAAUUCUAUGUUCUAUUUGCCUUCAUCUACCUUUAUGUGUUCAUGCAAAGUUUCGCCAUUCCUGGACCUGUAUUUUUGAGUUUGCUUUCAGGUAAGAGAAUUAUUUCAUUCCUAAAGGGCAAUUGUUCGGUCCAAUCCCAGCAUUUCUAUUGGUGUGUUUAUGUGCUACAACCGGUGCCAGUUUAUGUUAUGGAUUGUCCUAUUCAUUGGCAAGAGGAUUAGUGUUAAACAGAUUUCCAAAUCAAAUUGUCAAUUUCAAUAAGAAGAUCAAUCAGAAUAGAGACAAUCUAUUUUUUUAUAUGCUAUUUUUGAGAUUCACUCCAUUGAUUCCUAAUGUUUCAAUUAAUGUUUCAGGACCUAUUGUUGGCCUUCCAUUUAAAUAUUUCUUCUUUGGCACAUUAUUUGGUAAUACAGCAUUUGAACAUUAGGAUUAAUGCCAGGAAACAUCAUCCAUAUUAGAACAGGAUUAUUGAUUCAAGAGCUUAAUGACUUUUCUACAAGUUAUCAAGUAAACUAUUAAAUCAUUGAUUUUUAGGCUAUAUUGACAUUGUUAGGUUUGUCUUUGAUUGCUCUUCUGCCUACAUUCUUUAAAAAGAAGUUGCAAGAAUUGGAUGAGAAGGGACUAAAUAAAUCAAAAAAGGAAUGAAAAUAUUCAUAA